GUAUGGGGAUACCCGUCGUCACACCCGGAUGCUGUCCAUGUUUGGGCAGCUACGAAGCGCGCGGCGGGGGGAAUCCCUGCACCAAUGAGGGCCGACUGGGGGUUACCAAGGAGACGGAGAGUAUAAAAGGCUGAGAGAGCGGAGGGAGCCCGGUAUCCUCAGCACCACCGAGCAGCGUUAACGGAACCGGUCGGCACCACUCACACAAUGCUUCUGGAACGUGAGGACAGCUUCAUGUCGGAGUUCGAGGACGCGUGCAGCGCCUGGGUGGACAGCGUGGGUUCGAGCCUCAGCGACCCUGCGGACUCUGACGUGGGCUCCCCUUUCAGCCAAGAGACUCUAACUCCCCUGUGUGUGUUUUCAGACUCGGAUUUCUUCUCAGACUUCAGUGACUGCUCCUCUGACGGGCUCUCACCCUCGCUCAGCGGCACCGGCGGAUUCGUCACCGAACCGGAGCCGGUGCCGACGGCGGCAGGUCUGAGCAGCACCGCGGACGCCAUCCUGAACAUGAUCACAGAGAUCGUGGGGAUCUGCACCGAGAUGGAGCACCAGCCCCCGACCACAGCCCCCGGACCCUCCGAGCCUCCGUGCUUCGCUUCUGCGUCACAGCCGGUGGUCGUUAAAAGUGAGUUUAUGACGUCAAGCUGCAGCAGCGGGUGUGAGGCACUGCUUCCAGUCACUUCUGCUGCGGACGUGGACUUCUUCGAGUCUCUGCUGAGCAACGAAGGCCCUCAGGGUGCUCUCAGGUCCGUCGCUGACGUCAAGCAAGAGCCGUUAGGGCUGGAGGACUGGAUCAAGAAUUUGCCGGGGACCGGGGAGAUCCUCAGCAGCUACGUCAUCAGCCGCCAAGUCAGCGCCUCCCCCUCCUCCACCCUGGACGCACAGCUGCUUUCCUCCCUCUUGCAGGGCGCGUUCCCUGUGGUCCACCUGACCGCCGUGCACGCGCCAGUAGCUCCCAAAUCGUCCCGUGCGGGCAGAAGAGCGCCCUCUAAAGGGGGUCUAAAGGUGAAACCCUUCCCGUGCUCCGUGCAGGGCUGCGAGCGCCGCUUCUCGCGCUCCGACGAGCUCAACAGGCACGUGCGCAUCCACACCGGACAGAAGCCGUUCCAGUGCGCCAUCUGCGCGCGCAGCUUCAGCCGCAGUGACCACCUGACCACGCACAUGCGCACGCACACCGGGGAGAAGCCCUUCUCAUGUGACGUGUGCGGAAAGCGCUUUGCACGCAGCGACGAGAGGAAGAGGCACGGGCGCGUGCACGUCAAGCAGCAGCUGCGUGCACAGAUGAUGGCGGCCUACUCUCUGGCCGUGAACGCGCCCGACGUGUAAUCAGUGCGCGUGGGCGUGGAUUUAAAGUCCGUCUAGAAAUGGGAGAAAAAGUUCGGGAUUUGAACCGACAACCUGAUGACGUCACAGGAUCGAUUUUCGAGUCCAGAUUUUGGCGAAUGCGCAGCGGUCCAUUCUGGAAGGACUGCUGCUGCACGAGGACCGGGGAGGUUCAGGUCUGAUCCGGAUCAGCCGGAUCAUCGUGGUGGUCUGAGGUUCAAACCUUCAGAGACAGUUUUAAAAAGCAUGUUUGUUAUCAAUUAUUUUAUUAUCAAUGC